CUGGGUGAUGUGCUUUGAGGAGGGACCGCCAGCGGGCAGCGGAGCGGAGAGUGGAGUAGUAACUUCUUCGGGUCGUUCUUGGGGGCUGCCAAGAACUUGCACAACAAAGGGAAUACCACUUCUAGCUUGGUUCACUGGCACAUCCAGAAAGAAAGAAGUAGAGGCAACAGUUAGGUCAGCUUGAGGAGUUGCCAUCUCAGAUUUCAGUUCAAAUGCCCUUUAGCUGAGUAUGCAGCCAAACAAAAGCAGAAUACCAGGCAGCGCAUGUGGAGAUGCAGCAUUCAAGCGCCCCGGAGAGCAGUGCCUAUUCAGCAGCAGUCAGUCAGGGCUAUGUUUUACCAGAAGGAAAAAUCAUGCCAAACACAGUCUUUGUUGGUGGAAUUGACAUAAGGAUGAACGAAGCAGAAAUUCGGAGUGUCUUUGAACAAUAUGGUACUGUGAAGGAGGUGAAGGUCAUCACUGACAGAACUGGUGUUUCAAAGGGGUAUGGAUUUGUGUCUUUCCUGGACAAUGUGGAUGUUCAAAAGAUAGUUGAGUCACAAAUCAACUUCCAUGGUAAAAAGCUGAAACUGGGGCCAGCAAUCAGAAAACAACAAAACUUAAAUUCCUGCGUGUAUCCCAGACAAAUAGUUCUUGGUCCUCCUCCACCGCAGUUCCAGAGUGUAUGGGGUAAUCAGAGUAUGGAGACAUAUGUGCAGCCUCCAGCUGCCAUGAACCCAGUAACACCGUAUGUUCAGCUUUAUUUGCAGCCCUAUCCAUACAGUUCAUCACCAGCUGUACUGCUAAAGCAGCAAGUUCCCAUAGGGUAUCAACCGGCUUACAACUAUCAGGCUCAACCACAGUGGCUUGCUGGAGAGCCAAGGAAUUACGUAAUACCUCCAGCUCCGGUGUAUACUUCAGUGAACUAUCAUGGCUCUGAGGAUCCAGGAUUUAUACAGAUGGAAUGUGCUGUUCCAGAGCCCACGCAGUUGCCUAGCAGCCCACAAAAAAAGUCUGUGGACAGGGGCAUGCAAACAGUAUUAUCCUGUCUGUCUAAUCCUGAGAACCAGCUGACAAAUGACUUUGUAUCACAAGACAACAAUGUAAAGGAGGGUAAGACAUACCACUUCAGAAAAGGAAAGACAGUACACAAAGCCAUUUGAUCAGCAAAGACUUCAAAGAAUCUAAAUUAAUUAACUUGAUGGUACUACAGUUCAAUUUAGCAGUACAGAUGGUACUACAGUUCAAUUAGCAAUACAGAAUGUAACAUUUCUCAAAGUUACUUCAAGUUAUGUUUGUACUCAUGUUCUACCUGUUUUGAUACUGUUGUUGUUGCUUGAGUAGUUUGAAGUUGUAAGAGUUGACAAACUUCAGUGUUACUGUUUGUGUGCUUCCCCUGAUAACUGACUGGAAUGUUAGAGAGUUUAUAUGUUUCCUUUAUGUGGAUUUUUCUCUGAGCUUUAAGGUACAGUUUGCAUAUUACACGUUGUUUUUUGUUAACACAUAGUUUUUCAUUAACUACAAUUUGCCUCAUAUUGACCAGUUAACUCCUGCAGUUUAAAAAUGGAAGUAAUUAUUUGCCCAAGCGAAUGCAUUUUAAGACUGAGCUUUUAAAUCAGUGCAAAAGAAGAUAAGUUGUAACUGAGCUGAAGCCCUGUAAGUUCUGCUUGCCUUUAGACGACAUAAUCAAUGUGAUUAUGUUCAUUGAUGACAGUCUAUGUACCUGCAGUCUUGAGCAUCACUAUUAUUUUUGGGUAAGUAAUGAAGAGAAUCCUAAAAUUCCUGUAUGUAACUUAAAAUGCAAGAAUGUUAUCUGUAUUGGACGCUCAGUCAGCCAAUACAAGGUUUUUUACUUGAAAAAUCUUAGCAAUACCUGUAUUUUAAACUUCUGAGAAAAUACUGCACUUAUAUAAACCUUUGUUAUGUGAUGCAAACUGUUAAUCAAAGAAUGUGUAUGACUGUUUUAAUAAUCAUGUAGAUUUUAGGUGUGUAUUGUGAAACAGUGAAAUAAAUUUUUACUUUGC